CUCCUGUAAAGCAUUAAAACAUCACAUUAACAGAUGUGUUCCAAUGUUAUGUUAAAAUAUACCACAUUACACACAAAGAUACGCACCAGUCAGGAUAGAUAAUCUUCGUUUGGCGGGGAAGUCUCUUUCCUUAGACGCAUCUAAGAUGUCAAUCUGGAGCAGCGCUUGAGACGAUAAAAUGAAAAAGGUCAACACAAGUGAGCUGGGUGUUUCAGAGCUGAUCAAAGCUGCUGACUCCAGGCAGGACUCCAGAGAACCAGACUGGUUUAUUUAUGACAACCAAGGGAUGAUUUUGCCUCACAGCAUUUUGGGUAGCCUGGAGAACUUCAGGAUUUAUGUGGAGGCCAAAGGAAAAACGAGGCUUUUGAAAAAAAUACCAGAUAAUGACCAUUUAUUUGAGGCUUUAAGAAAACAUAAAUUCAGUGCUGUAGAACAUAAAAGUGAGGUCCCCCCAGGUGUCGUAGAAAAUGCUUUGGAGCAUUGGAACACACAUAUGAGGCUGCGGAGACGUCAACAAAGCAGUUUAUCUGGUUCUUUGAGCAGGCCAGUUGAAAACCUCCUGAUGAAUCAUGCUAAUCGAUUCAGAGAAACACAGGAAAAAAGAGAGAUGCUAAAUCAAGUCUUGCCACUUGUUCACUCUGGAUAUGGUCACUGUGUAGGAAGUGAAUUCUGGAGGCUUCCCCAGCAUUAUGGAGAUGAAAUGAGUGGCAUAGCAGCUACUCUGACUAAGACAGAGAGAGGCAUCCAGGAACCUAUCGCCCAAGUUGGCUUACCAUGCAGCAUACGUCAGGAAUCAGGACUUAAGGAUACAGCGUGCCAUGCAUCUCGGGCAUGGCAUCAGAGCAUAUAUUUGAAAGAGCAAUGCCAGAAGCUUGGGGAAAUUGUACAAGAAGUGGAUUUCAAAAAGCCGAAUAUGGAUAAACUGGAAGUGAUUGGCUCCUCCAAGCCAUUUUGUACUUUGCAUUGUAGCAAUGCAUUACUGGAGGAUCAUAAAGAGAAAGAACCCAAAGACACCCAUGAAGACCUGGUUCUACAAAAUAAUGAUAUGGAACCAGAGCCAAAAAAGUCAGCUGUCCCUGCUUUAAGAAUCUCUGGGCAACUUGCAAACUGGACUGGAAACUCUAACACUAAUCAGGUGCAGAGUCUCAUAAAUGUUGCCCAAGUAGGGAUCAAUGCCACUCUCUUGUUUGAGGGCCCCACUGGUGAACUACAGCGGUCCCAUCUGGAUCUGCACAAUGAGGGAACUACAGCCAUCUUCUACAGUUGGCAGCAGCUCCCUCUGCCUCAGCACUUUCCUCACCUGUUGCCGUGCAUAAAGAGACCACACUUCUACUUCAGCUCCAGCUCUGGUGUGAUCCUCCCUGGUGAUACAAAAAAAAUAGACUUUAUCUUCAAGUCUGACUCUCCUGGCAUCCAGACAGAGCUCUGGCAGCUAAAUACUCACCCUGUCCUACUACAAGGAGCCCCCAUACAUGUAACUCUGAGGGGUGUGGCUCUGUAUCAGGACAAAACUGCAGAAUACCGGCUGUACAUUGAGAAAAGGCUGGAGAAGGUGGUGACCUUGAAAAUAUGUCAAGCAAUAGUGUAUGAGAUGGUGCAGGGGAUCCACUCACCAGAUAGACCCAGUUCCCCUGCAGAGCUUCAUCAAACUGAGGAGCAGGAGUUUCUUUAUAAAAACCCUAAGAUAUGUUAUAAAAACCAGCCAGUUGAGGAGCUAAAGAAAUUGUGGCAUCAAGUCAAACCAAAAAGCCAUUGGGAUUUGUCUGUAGGUACUUUACGACAGGCUCUGCUCUCUUUACCUGUUACAAAGACAGACGAUGACUGCCUUAACCAAGAUACAGGACUGGCCCAGCUCAACUCUGUGCUUCUACAGCUCUCUGAACCUUCACCUAAAAUGCAUAGUGCAACAAUAACAACUAUAGGGCAGUUGCUGUGGAGGGAUCCAUUAGACACCCUGACUAGUGAAGCUGUGAGGCUCACACACUUCCUCCAACUCUCUGAGAAAGCUACAUGGAUGGAUAAAAUAGAAAAUAAAAAAGAAGACAUCUCUUUGGACCAUGACUUGAGUCCAAGUAUAAGCGAAGAAAAGACUGAUAAAAAAGGACGAACUUCUAUAAAAGAGGAAAAGACAGUGACUCCAAUCAAACAAAGUGAGGACAGAAAGAAAGGGAGAGAGAGUCGUACUGACCUGGGAAAGCCAAGAAAGGACAGACACAGUAAAGAGAGUGACUUACAUCUGCAAGAGCAGGCCUCUGAAGGUCCUGCUUCUGACAUCAACAUGAUGGACAUUUACACCAGGCUUCUUCACCAAAAGGUUUAUGGACUGAUUGAAAAUCUCGUGGAGUCUCUUUGUGUGCUUACUGAUGAAGAGGCUUCCCUCUGAUACUGUCACAAGACUGGAGAAAUAUUAAAUAAUAAAAGUUGAAAUUAU